AUGAUUCCUUUUUCUUGUCUGCUUUCGCUGCUCAUUAUCCCCUACACGCCAUUCUCCUCCUCUUCUCCAACUCGUUUCCUCUUCCAAAUUUCCCUUCCAUCUCACAAACACAAUCCUCCGCACUCUGCACUUUCACUUCCACAAUUUCCCGCCAGGUCGUCGUCGAGCAAUUCCAACUUGGAGGUUGAUUUCAACGAUGUGUUUGGAGGCCCGCCGCGGCGGUCAUCGAUAAACGAAGCGCGGCAGAGUUUGAGCGAGUUGAAGGAUUGGAGCGACGAGGAAGGGGAAAGAGGUUGGUGUAGGUGGCCGCCGGAGCGGGAGAAACCGGUGUUUGGAGAGGAUAGUGGAAACCGGAGGCGUCACGCGAACAAAAACAGCGACUUCUUCGAUGACAUAUUCGGAGGGGAGGAGUCGGCGAGUGUGUGUUCCACGCCAAAGAAGCGCGUUGGGGACCCUUACACGUUCUCUCGAGUGUCCAGUCCUCUGCCUCCCGCGGCUGAUCCCUUUGAUGCCUCUCUCCCUAUUCCAUUCAGCCUUCCAGCCAAAUUGACAUAUGGAGUGGACCUUCCAACCUUUGGUUCCCCCACAAGGAGUAACAACAUCAACGAUGGUAUUGUAGCUUCAAAUGGACUAGGCCUUUCAGAUUCUCAUUCAUCCAGAUUUUCAACCCAGCGAAAGGAGUUGAAAAAGGAUUUAAAACCUUACCGACAAAGUCUUCUAUCACAGGAGUUUUCAAACUCGAGCACAUCUGAUAAAGCAGACAAAGGAAGCAUCAUGAAACAGGACAUAUCUAUUAGGGAGGUUUCACCUAGUGCUAGUAAUGGUCAAUUCCAUUUCUCAAUAUACAAAUGGGCAAGUACAGGUGUGCCAAUGGUGAUGCCUAUUAGGACAGAGAGAGCCUCAAGGGCUAAGGAUAAGGAUAAGGUUAAACUUGAGAGAAGCUCAAGUGCUAAAGAAUGGAUGGUCAGUGAGAUUACCACACAAAAUCCUAUAGCAUACAAUGGUUCAUCUGUCAUGAAUAAUAGACAAGAUGUGUCAACUACUUUCACAACCAAUGAAAAUGGAGCAGAUUCAAACCAGAUUGUAGAACAAAUAGUUUCUGCCAAGGCUCAGUCAGAUACAUCAUGCAACCCUCAAACUGUUACCAUAGAUGUUCCCGCUAGUUCUAUCUCGCGUAACUCUAGAGCAGUAGAAUCAAGUACUCGUUCUACAGGCAAGAACGGCUUCUCUGGAGAAACUGGGGCAGUAAGGGAAACCCAGAAGCUUGAGUCCAAACCAUUACAGUUUCUGUUCAAGGAAAAUGAUAAGAAACAAGAUAAUGUUCAGAUGAUAACAAGGGAGAAAGGAGAAAACAGGAUGAAAACCACAAAAAAACUGUCUGCUGUUUUUGAAGUUACCGUGAAUCCCAUUAAACAAGAAGAAAAGAUAGUUUCCUUGAUGGAUGUAGGACAUAGCAAAGCGACUUCCCAGGGUUCAGUAAGCUUAGGUGAGAAUAUGGGGAAAGGCCUAGUUAAAGGAAAGGUCAAAGAAUUCACUCGAAUUUUCAACCAAGAAACUGUAACCAAACCAAAAGUUGACUCCAAAUGUCGACCUCCGGGUUCUACAUACAAGCAGAGAGAGGCUUUAAGGACAAAGAAUGAAGUGGAAAGUGGGCCUGAACAAUCCAAGAAGGAGAACUCUGGCAUAGAGACCACCAACAUAUCUGCUAAUAAUUUGUCUCAUCGAGAGGAUAUAUCAGAACCAGCAAUUCCUGAUAUAUCAUUUGAAGUUAUCGGAGAUAAAGACGAGUCCUUCCAUGGGAGUUUCAUGAUACAAGUAUUGGCCCAAGUUGAGGGUGAGGAGGACUUACAAAACCAGGAAAAUAAAGAAAUCCAAAUGAUUGACAAGAAGAUAAAACAGUGGUCUAAAGGGAAGGAAGGAAACAUACGAUCCCUGCUAUCGACAUUACAAUAUGUACUUUGGACCGAGAGUGGAUGGAAGCCUGUGCCUCUUGUUGAUAUAAUUGAAGGGAACGCAGUGAAAAGAUCUUAUCAAAGAGCUUUACUCUGUCUGCAUCCCGAUAAGUUGCAGCAAAAGGGUGCUACUUUAGACCAAAAAUAUAUUGCAGAAAAAAUUUUCGAAAUUUUACAGGAGGCAUGGACUCAAUUCAGUAUGCUAGGUGCACUCUAA